CCAAUCACAGAAAGUCAUUUCGAAAUCAAGUCGUAAAGUUCCGACAACCCUCAAAUAAUAUCAUACCCAAGUUACAGAUCUCCAACAAUCCUGCCACGAGCAACCCUCCACAAUGGCAACAACAAAGCCCAUAACUAUGCUCGUGGUGCGCAGUCGUCCAUUAACUACUUUGACUGCAUCAACAAUUCGCACAUACACACCCGUUGCAUCCAGAGCAGCUUUCUCAACUUCUCAAUUUCGAGGCGCCACCCCAGCCGGUCCUCCCCCGCCCGGCUUCAGACUGCCAAAACCUGUAAGAUGGAAUGAGAGUAAGGAGAGUACGAUGGAUAAGGCAGGGAAAUACUUCCUCAUGUCAGAGAUGUUCCGGGGAAUGUACGUAGUACUAGAACAGUACUUUAGACCUCCAUAUACAAUUUAUUAUCCUUUCGAGAAGGGUCCAAUUUCUCCUCGAUUCAGAGGCGAGCACGCUUUACGAAGAUACCCUUCAGGAGAAGAACGAUGCAUUGCUUGCAAGCUUUGCGAAGCUAUCUGUCCCGCACAAGCUAUUACGAUUGAAGCGGAGGAGCGUGAAGACGGAAGUCGCAGAACGACCCGAUACGAUAUCGAUAUGACAAAAUGUAUUUAUUGUGGUUUCUGCCAGGAGAGUUGUCCAGUUGAUGCUAUUGUGGAAUCACCAAACGCGGAAUAUGCCACUGAGACGAGAGAAGAACUUUUGUACAACAAGGAGAAGUUACUGGCCAACGGAGACAAGUGGGAGCCGGAAUUGGCGGCAGCAGCAAGGGCUGAUGCACCAUAUAGAUAACCAUAUUUUUGUUUGUUGCGAGGUGGGAAAUUGUACAUAUCAGAGGUGGUUCUUUAAAAUGCGAGUAACUGGACACAGAAAUUCUAUAAUUUGUGCAACAAAACAACUUC